AUGAUAUGCGUUAUGGAUUUCGCGAGGAACGACUCGAUACCAGCAUCUGAUCAACCUCCAACCGGUGAUGCUCCCUCUACAACUGCUCCAAAACCUGACGAAGAAGAACCUGAGACUUUCAUAGAAAUCCCAGUGGUUUUUCAACCAAAAUCUACCGAAGUUCGAUAUUAUCCUACUGAAGAAUCGAAGAACGAGGAACAUAAUGGUAAUGGCGCAUCUCGGAAGGAGCCGUCCGAGCCACUCCCAACAACAGAGCAGAAGGUGGAUUCUCAUACAGACAAGGAACCUCGUAAAGACGAACCGGAAACGCCCAAGACCGCCCAACCUGCCACAAACGAGGAGACUAACAAACCUGGUCAAGCAUCUGCCGCAGCAGAACCAGCCGUGAUAAGUCUAGUCUAUAAGGAUCCCGCCAAAAACGAGGAGACUAAGAAACCUAGUGAACCACCUACCGCAGCAGAACCAGCGGUGAUAAGUCUAGUCUAUAAGGAUCCUGCCAAAAAGAGACCGUAA